CGCGGACACUGCCAUUUAUAGUCAAAUCAGCAUUGUAGAGAGGUGGCAGCGGUAGGAGGGCAGCAAUCAGUGGAUAUAGUAAAACCUGCCGGAGCCUGUAACGCGUUAAAGGAGAGCGGGAGGUUCGGGUUUGAAUCGAUAGAUGACAGUAGAGAGGCGUCAGACGACACGUCGCCGUUGACUCGGAGAUGGGUCACACAGGUUUGUUGUUGGCAGCGCAGGAUUUCUCCGUGGAGCCACUUACAUGUUACCGAUGUCUCGCUUUCGAUUCCCUGCAGCCCGCACCUCGGACCCUUUAAACGUUUACACAGCUGAUCCACUCUGAUCGUCCUGGUAUUUCCAUCUGGACCUGAUGAUAUGAGAGGCUCCAGGAGGCGGUGAUGGAGCUCCGGGAGUUGGGCUGGCUGGUUCUGGUGGGUCUCUUCUUCGCCUCCUUGCUGAUCGUGCUGGGAUGGCUCCUCCAGUACUUGCAGACCGUGCUGCGGCUGUGGCGAUCCAAAAAGACAGCCAAGCCGGACCGGACGGAACCAGUGUGGUGGAAGGUGUUCUCCCAGCCCCGCGGGAGGCACGCGGGAGGCGUGUGGGGCUUUCUGAUGAAGCUCCGCACCGGCCGGGAUGGAGCGCCUGCACCCGAGGCCGGGGUCAAAGGCCUCGUGACCUCGCUGCUCUCCUUCAAGUCCUUCAGGGAACACUGGCAGAGAACCUGGCUCAAAGCCCUGAAUGAGCAGGCGUGCAGGCAAGGGAGCUCCAUCCAGAUCACAUUUGACAGCGGUCUCCAGCUAACUGCUGCCUCUGCAAUAGAUAGCGUGACCUGCGCUGACCAAUCGCCACACAGAAUGGUCUUGGACUGCAAGUGUUGGGUGGACACAGUGACAUUUCCUGUGACGGUCACCCAGCAGUCACCUGCUGCUGUUUCCAUGGACACCUAUCAGAUCAACAUAGCACCUAUGAUGGCAAAGGUGGUGGUGUGUUUGGAGGAGGUGGAGGACGAGGGCCUGCUGAUGUCCUGGACUCUUUCCAAGCAGCCGUCUUUUUCUUUGACAGUGUCUCAGUGCAAGCUGCACAGACAAGGCGCUGAGGGUGAGGCAGACCUAUGCACAAUUAAGGGACUGAUAGAGGACACUCUGUUCAGCACUCAACCUGCCAUGGUCCUCAACCUCAAGACCUCUGCACCCAGUUCUGUGUACCCUAUGGACCAACUAUCAGUGGGACAAAACUCAAUAUCACAGGGUGUCUUUGUGCAGCGACUACUGCUCCGGCAGCUCACGGUGACCUUAAGUAAAGGUCAGUGGUCCAGAUCUGGGGAGCUGUGCUGUGUUCUGAACCUGGACCAACCCUCCGCGGAAAGGACGACCCGCUUCCUGUCUGUGCCCAGCAACCCCAGCAGCCCGCUGGAAUGGAGUGAAGACAUUUCUCUGGAGCUGGGCCCAGAUUCUAAAGAGCUGAGAAUAAGACUCCUGGAGCGGAGCGGCAAAAGGGAACAAUUCCUGCCUGGUCAUGCAUCCAUUGCUCUGGACCCACGCUGCAGGACUCCCGCUGGGCAGCAUAUACUGUCAAUAAGUCCCGGCCACGGUUUGGCACCAAACGCUACCGUCACGGCUGAGCUGCUGUAUGGGGAAACUGAGGACGGGCACAAUGACCACAAUACGUUGCCACUACGGACGUCACUCACUCCCACCAAGAAAGUAGAUGUGGACCGAACUAUCAUGCCAGACGGAACCAUCGUCACCACCGUGACGACUGUCCAGUCCCGACUUAAAGUGGAACGCAGCCCAGGUGAUUCUCCUUUGCGUUCGCCAUCAAAGGUGGAGGUGACUGAAAAGAAACCCACCAUUCUGUCCGAUGGGAGAGGCAACCCCAGCCCCAACCCCAGCAAGACGGCCAUUCGGCAGUUGACGGAGUCCGCCACCAAAGUGGCGCGCAAGACACCAACAAAAAGGAGCACGUUGAUCAUUUCAGGCGUGUCAAAGGUUCCCCUUACAGAAGAUGACUGUGUGUUAUCAAGUAGCUAUGCCGCUGCCAUGGAUGCAGCCAUGCAUGGCAACCAUUUUGGGGCAGGGCAUCAACUGGACCCAGAUGAAACUACGCCGUCUGAUGUCUCAGAGCGUCCUUCUGUGGAAGAUGUGGAAUCAGAUACUGGUUCUACUGGUGCCUUGGAAACCCGUAGUCUCAAGGAUCAUAAAGUGGGUUUUCUGCAAAGUGGGUCAAAGCUCUUGUUCCGCAGAAGACAACGGGAGAAGGAGUCUUGCCUCAGCCAGUCCCAUGAAGACAUCUCCAACAUGGGCAAUAACUUUGCUGCUGCAGCAACUAUUAAUCGUAAAAAGUCUGGCAGCUUCUCCAGGCGACUCAUCAAACGCUUCUCUUUCCGCUCAUCAGGCAAAUCAAAAGGCAAAAGCACUGCUACCAAUGGAGGAGCAAGCUCACUGGAUGCCUAAUCAUUUUUAUACUGUCACUCUGACUUGGAUUGUUUCAAGGCAUCUGCUAUCAGAGGAAAUGCUAAGUCCAGCUUGUGGAAGGUCGUACACGCCAGGCAGACUGAUACCCGGUGAUUGCAGCUCAAAAAAAAUCCUGCAGCCAGGAUCUUUUGCAGACUUUUCAAGCCAGAUAACAAGUUGAAACUGUUUAAAUUCUGAUGGUUCUGUCAUUAUUAAAACCAUGAUCAGGUUCUCCUCACCUUGUGUUUCCAAUUCACUCCCGUAGGUGAGAAGUACAUCAAAGCAAAUUAUAAAAACUGCUUUUUUAUUGCAAUAACUAUCAUUAUUGUGCAGCAAGUCUGCUGACGUGAUCAACUUAUAAUCAUCAAAAGAAAUUUAGGAGUAAUAUAAUGUAGAUGUUUUUAAAUUAUAUUUAAGUCUCAUAUAGGUGACAAGCUGUUGUAACUAUCUGAGGCAAGAUCUUUACUCAAACAAAGUUUGUGACGGGUGGUAAGUGGUGUUAAUGUACUCAGGGUUAGACAUGGAAUUGCCACUAACAAUUAGCGAUGUGAGGAAAUGUGCUGUAUCCUUUUAAUGGCAAAAAGAACCAGUGUGUAAGAAAAUGUACAUACAUUUUUGGCCAUUUGUGUUUUGUCAAAUGAUAAAAACAUGUUUUAACUGUCUGUGUUAAAUAUGGGACUUUAGAACAAGAUAAAUUAUUUUGAUUUAUUGUUUGUGUUUGUUUGCACUAGUCUAAGGAGAGCAAAUAAAAGGGAUCACUGACACUGUCAAAGGGACACAAAUGAACAUGUUCCUUGAGCAACCAAAUUAAAAUGCUGAAGAAAUGAACAAAGCCACUACACUGAUUAAAGGCACAUUAUAUACUGUAUAUAUCGCUAGAAUGUGACACAGAAAGUGACUGCAAUAUUUAAAAUAUGUAUGUCUCUUGAUAUAUUGAAGCAGUUUAAUUUAUUGAAAAUAAAUUAUUUUUCAAGCAUCA